CGCCGGAGCGCCGCGGGGCGCCGCGGUGCGGGAUUGGGGCGCGGCCGCAGGCUCCGCCCGCUCGCCCGCCCCGCCCGGGUUGGGAUGUGCCCCGGCUCCCUCCGAGAGGGCGGAGAGCGCGAGAGGCGGAGCUGACGAGCGAGUCCAGAGCGCAAUGUCAUCAGAGGAAUCGCAGCAGGAGCAGCUCUCUCAGUCAGACCCGUCCCCAUCACCAAACUCCUGUAGUUCCUUUGAGCUGCUAGACAUGGGUGUUAGCAGCUUGUAUGAACCAGUUUCUCCACAUUGGUUUUAUUGUAAGGUAACAGAUUCUAAGGAGAUCUGGAUUCCUUUCAACUCUGACGAUUCACAACAGCUGGAAGAGGCACAUGGCUCUGAAGAUUGUAAUGAGAGAGUAGUCCCCACGGAUGGGGGCAGAUAUGAUGUUCACUUAGGGGAGAGAAUGCGCUAUGCUGUGUACUGGGAUGAGCUCCCCUCCGAGGUGAGGCGGUGCACGUGGUUCUACAAGGGAGACAAAGACAGUAAAUAUGUUCCCUACUCAGAGAGCUUCAGCCAAGUUUUGGAGGAAACAUACAUGCUUGCUGUAACUCUGGAUGAAUGGAAAAAGAAACUAGAAUCUCCAAACAGAGAAAUUAUUGUACUACACAACCCAAAGCUCAUGGUGCAUUACCAGCCAGUGGCAGGGUCUGAUGAAUGGGGUUCAACAUCCACUGAGCAAGGUCGACCAAGAUCAGUAAAAAGAGGAGUUGAGAGCAUCCCUGUUGAUAUCCAUUGUGGGGAGCCUUUACAAGUAGAUCACUUAGUGUUUGUAGUCCAUGGGAUUGGGCCAGCUUGUGACCUCCGCUUUCGAAGCAUUGUUCAGUGUGUUAAUGAUUUUCGAAGUGUUUCCUUGAACCUGCUACAGACACAUUUUAAGAAAGCCCAAGAAAAUCAGCAGAUUGGAAGGGUAGAAUUUCUUCCAGUCAACUGGCACAGUCCUUUGCAUUCUACUGGAGUGGAUAUAGAUCUGCAGAGGAUAACCCUGCCCAGCAUUAAUCGGCUCAGACACUUCACUAAUGAUACAAUUCUGGAUGUCUUCUUCUACAACAGCCCCACCUACUGUCAGACUAUUGUGGAUACAGUAGCUUCUGAAAUGAACCGAAUAUAUACACUUUUCCUGCAGAGGAACCCUGGUUUCAAAGGGGGUGUAUCCAUUGCUGGUCAUAGUUUAGGUUCGCUUAUAUUGUUUGAUAUCCUAACAAAUCAGAAAGAUUCUUUUGGGGAUAUUGACAGUGAAAAGGAUUCAUUAAGUACUGGUGAGGAUCGAGGAGAUGUACCAACAUUAGAAGAAGAUCUGAAGAAGCUUCAACUCUCUGAGUUCCUCACUGUCUUCGAGAAGGAGAAAGUUGAUAAAGAAGCUCUGGCUUUAUGUACAGACAGAGAUCUUCAGGAAAUGGGAAUUCCCUUAGGACCAAGAAAGAAGAUACUAAACCAUUUCAGGGCCAGAAAAAAUUCAAUGAGUGUUAAUAGACCAGCCACAUCAGCUUCAGAGGUAAACAUCCCCAAGGAAAAUGGUGACUAUCCAGAUGUUGGCAUUGGGCAGGUAUCUGUAAAAUACCCCCGGCUCAACUACAAGCCAGAAAUAUUCUUUGCCUUUGGAUCCCCAAUUGGAAUGUUUCUUACUGUCCGAGGAUUAAGAAGAAUUGAUCCUAAUUAUAAAUUUCCCACAUGCAAAGGUUUCUUCAAUAUUUACCAUCCUUUUGAUCCUGUGGCAUAUAGGAUUGAACCAAUGGUGGUCCCAGGAGUAGAAUUUGAACCAAUGCUGAUUCCACAUCAUAAAGGCAGGAAGCGGAUGCACUUAGAACUAAGAGAGGGCUUGACCAGAAUGAGUAUGGACCUGAAGAACAACCUGCUGGGCUCCCUGCGGAUGGCCUGGAAGUCUUUCACCAGAGCCCCAUACCCUGCUUUACAGGCUCCAGAGACAGCCGAAGAAACUGAGGCAGAGCCUGAAUCCAGUUCAGAAAAGCCCAGUGAUGCUAACCCAGAAGAGCCUCCUGUGGAAGGUAAAGAAGAGGUUCCUAUCAAUGUGGGAAUGCUGAAUGGAGGCCAGCGCAUUGACUAUGUGUUACAGGAGAAGCCCAUCGAGAGUUUUAAUGAAUAUUUAUUUGCUUUACAAAGCCAUCUAUGCUACUGGGAAUCUGAAGAUACAGUAUUGCUAGUUCUCAAAGAGAUCUACCAAACCCAGGGCGUCUUCCUUGAUCAGCCUUUACAGUAAAAACGACCCAUCUGUGGCUGCUUCAUAUGGACAUUGAAAAUCCACAUGCUUGUUGCUGCAGCUUUCUUCUCAGCUACAUCACAUCCUGCAUGUUGCCUGCCUUACUCCACAGGGGCUUAGAAGAUAAUCCUUCUUGGAGAUUAGUGGAAAGCAGACAGAAGACUCAUGGCUUUGCCUAAACACUCGCCAGGUUCCGUAGCUCGGGAGUUAACAUCUUUUAAUGCUUUAACGGCUGCACUUUGUUUAUGACAUGGAAAGGAAUACAGGCUGUUUGGGGGCUUAGAAAAAAAUUUAGAGAGGUUUACUCCUUACGUUUAGAAAAUGGACCAGUAUAUUCUUAAGAUUUAGAGGUAGUUUGAGGUCCAGUCAUUUUUUUGUUCUCUGCACUGGAAGGCUAAACAUAAAUGGAUAUGGAAAUGGCCCCCAUUUCUCUCCUGUGUAUAGUCUAUAAGAACAGGCUGGAGCUGACUAACAGUAUAGCUUGCUUGGAACAUUGUCAGAUAGGCAUACCGUAGGAACCACUGGUGGUGCUUGUUGUUCUUAGAGCUGCUUCCGCUCCUGUAAACCUGAGGACUGUAUGAGUUGUUGCCUGCCUUUCUAUAUCAUAUUCCAAACCGGUGUGAGGUUAAGGAAAUUACUUGGGAACACUUAUUUUGAAGUGAAGUUGUAAAAGUUGGACAACUUGAAUUUCGGAGGCCUUUCCUGACUGUUCACGUUGUCGAUGAGAUCUUUUAGUCACACCUCUUAAGUUACCUGCCACUUCUGCUUGAGUAAAGGAAGUAUUGUGACAUAAACACCAUUGCUUCCUAAGGAAUCAUCAGUGUUUACUUGCAGUAGACAGUCAGUGUUGGUUGAGCAUGCCAAUGUGGGGAAAGACCACAUUCUGAAAGGAAACCCUAUCCGUGGGCUCUGAGGAGCAGCUGUGUGCACUGGUAGCUGAGUCUGGACAGUUGAAGGCAGAUUUGUCUCGAGGAACAAGAGUGAUUGUACACUAAGUUUUCCCCAAGGCUUCUGCUUCCCACUCUGCUUUAGGCUUUCUUUCCCCUUCCUCAGCAUGUGCUGUCAUCUUCAUUCUGUUCAUGGUGGUCCUCUAAGCUCCUCAAACCAACUCCUCAGAUUUUGUCUUUUUUUUUUUUUUUUUUUUUUUUUUUUGUAAACCUAUCAUGAUAUCCAGAAGCACAGCAUUUAAUACUCAGAUGGCAGUGCUCUUCACGCUUUUUGGUACAGAAAAGGGGAGGUUAGUCAUGGUACCCUGGAGGUUAGAGAGGCAAGCACAGGAUACAGUGAAACCUGGCCUGCCUUUCUGCUUAUGGGUAAUGGUGGAGAGGCAAGCUACUGAGAAGUUCCAGGUGUGUGGAGUACUUUAUUUUUCUAUAGUAUCCCUCGAGUAAGAAUUACUGGGAAUUAAACAGCACUCAUUAAAUACUAAUGGUAAGUUUCUGUGAAGUUGCUGUCUUCAAAUUUGUUUACUCUUGUUAGCAGAAUUGUAACUGGCUAAGAGUAAACCAAAGGACAACCAAGACUGAGUCUUGUAACCAAAGACGGGCAGUUCGGCCCUGCAAAGCUAGAUAAACCACUGCACUGAGAAAGGCUUCUUCCUGGAAACCCGGGCAUCUAAUAACUCAGAGCUUGUACCUCACCAUCCACUGACGGUGUUAUCAUGCUGUGUAUUGCACGGGCGAGCAAGGUGGCUAGGGACCUGUGUUUACAGAUUUGCACUGCAUCAUUUGUAUCAUGUACAAUCUCUUGACCAAGGCUGUUUUUAAACUUUAGUGUAACAGCAUUUUGUACAUAUUCCUGGCUGCACAAUAGUGAGAGAUGUUUGCAAGGAGAGAUGAAUCUUACUGACUACCUUUCCGAUAUUUGCACUUUUGAAAUGUUUGUUUUCUAUGUGAUUAUAUUUAAAACUUUAGCAAAUGCUGAAAUAAACUAUUGACCAGUUACCUACA